GUCACAUAAAUCUCCUCAGGCGUUACUGGUUGGAGUUUGAAUCUGCCACUCACUGAGGAAUAAAUGAGAUUUGGUCUCCGCUGGCCGUUGGAGAUGAAAUCCCGUCUCCCCGCGGUGUUGAUAGGCUGCUUUUCCGUUAAUGCUCUGUCAAUCUGAGAGCCAGAGGGGAGGAGAGGUCAGCGCGGCUAGCGAUGCAGAUUCCUCACCAAACAGAAGCGGAGAGUCAGUAAAGUUGACAAUAACUGUCAGUUUCACUUUGAUAUUUGUGCAAUAACCACGAAUUAACGGGAUGAGCUCAAGGGCUUCACCGACGAUCGGGGAGUUCUUCCUCACUCUCAGUGAGAUGGGUUUCACAGAACAACAGAUCCAGGCAGCUGUGCAGGCGGGACAUCUUUCUGUGACAGAGGCUGCUGAAUGGCUCUUACAGGGUCAGUAUCCACGGCACACGUUGGUGAAGCCAUCCUCCCAGUCGUCGAAGACUGCACUUUCUGCUUUUAACCCGCCUAAAGAAGCAGCGAGCAGCUCUGCUCUGCCUGCAUCUCCCAGUGACAGCAGAGCGUCUUCCUCAUCAAUCCCGAGGCUGUCGGCCUCCUCCGCCCAGUCUCCUGAUCCUCCUCUAGUUGAGUCACGGAUUAAACAAGACAAGAGCGACUUUGAGGAGAAAGAAAGACAACGUGUUGCCCAGGAAGUCAUAGCAGAGAAGAGGCAAAGAAAGCAGGAGCGCGAGAUGGUUUUAAAGCGGAUAGCUGAGGAUCGGAAAACCUUGCAGGAGAAGAACCACACCAGCUCUGCCACGGACAAGUCACCUCCUAGCUGUGAAGGGCAGAAACUUGGAGGAAAGAUUCAGACGAAUGCUGAUGACAACUGUAUCCUCAUGAUCCGGCUGCCCUGCGGUGAGUCCAUGCGUGAGCGCUUCUCAGCCGACGCCCCGCUGAGCAGCGUCGUGGAGCACAUCAGCGGCCGUCACCCCUCCCUGCCCUCCUUUUCUCUCCUUCAGAGUUUCCCCAGAAAACGCUUUGGCGAGGCAGAGCUCGCAUGUUCCCUACGCUCUCUGGGCCUCACUCCAAACGCUGCUCUCUGUAUUCAGACCACCCCUCCAGAGACGCCUCAUGACCCACCGAGUCCAGCAGAUCCCCCUUCAGCAGCUCCAAAUGAGCCACCUCCAUGCAUUUUUCCUCAACCACAAGUACCCGUUCCAGAGGAGGCGGAGGCGCUAGAUCCUGCUUUAGUUCAUCGGCUACCGAACGAUCUGUGGGAGGAGGCCGUAAAUUAUGCAGGAAUACCUAGAGCAGGUCCUCCGGUGUCUGGACCUUUUCAUUUCUGGGGGCGAGGCCAGAGACUGGUUCCUGGGAACCCAGAGGAUCCUGGAGUGGAAGCUGAUGAAGAACCAGAAGGAGAGGAAGGUCCACCACACAUUCCUAACGGAAUGCCGAGACUGCCUUACCUUUUAGAUAACAGGAUCCGAGGCAGAUUUGAACCUGCACACUACUGGCCGGACCAAGGCAAUCGACUCAGAGAUGCUCCAGAGGAGGAUCCAGCAGACCUUGAGGAGGGAGAGGGUCCAGAGGCACAUGUAGCUGCAGGUCAGGCUGCAGUGGAGCGUCUUCAGAGAGCUGCACUGGACCCCAGUGCCUCUCAGGGACAACCAUCACCACCUAAAAGACCCUUCAGGACACCAAACGUGCCAUCCCUAUGUGCCUUGGCCACCCAUGCAACUGUCCACCUCAUGACUGCUCCCAGUAUGCAGUACAGCAGCAGUCUGGCAGGCCUGACCCCAGAGCUGGCAGAGCUUCUGCUCAACCACAUCUCCAAAGUGAGGCUGCUUCGUCCGCGCACCCUGGAGCUCUUCUUCGGCUGCCAGUUGCAGAAAUUUGUCUUAAACUGCUACCCAUACUCCACCAAUGAGCUCCUGCGGCAGUUACGCGCCUUCACGGCACUGAAGCAUCUCAGUCUGGUCAACUCUCCUCUCAUCACGGAUUCUGGUCUGUCAGUGCUAUCCAGUCUGGUCAAACUCCAGUCACUCAACCUGGCGUCCUGUAGCAAACUGACGGACUCCUGUCUGCAGUAUAUCACAGGUCUGGAAAGCCUGUGUCUCCUGUCCCUGGAUCAGACCAAAGUGACAGAUGCUGGGAUGGUUCAGUACCUCCAGUCUGCUCCUUCUUGCCUCUCUCAGCUCAGUCUGAACCAGACGGCGGUGACCGAAGCCACUUUGGCUGUGCUCCCCACCUGUUUGCCACAGCUGCGACUUCUCAGCAUCAAGCAGACUAAGGUUAAAGAUAUUUCAGCUCUAGCACUGCUGUCCAGUUUGCAGACUCUGAAUCUGGACGGGACAGGCGUGACAGAGGCAUCUCUGGAGAACAUCUCUACGCACCCAACCCUGACUUCUCUGAGUUUAGGUGGAAUCUCUGUAAAAGACGGGAAUCACACCCUCCAGAUUAUCUCAGGUCUGAAGUUGACUCACCUUACCCUUCCUGGACGCCACACUGUGACAGACGGGGGGCUUGCAUUCCUCUGUAGGCUGACUCUGCUUUCACAGCUGGACCUGAAAGACUACACCCAGGUCACAGACCAAGGAGUCAGCCAGUUAGCCACCAUGACCAGGUUGAAGAAACUGUCUCUGAGCAACACUCGAGUGACUGAUGCAGGGCUUUCCUCUCUGCGUGGCCUGCAGGAGCUACAGGAGGUGUGUUUGGACCGAACGGCAGUGACCAGCCGAGGCGUAGCUGAACUCAUCACGUGUCUGCCUCACCUUCAGGUAUUGGGGUUAGCCAGCACGCAGGUGGGAGAUUCUGUAGUGCGGAGGGGUCUGGUCCACUGUCAUCAGCUUGCCAAGGUCAAUCUGAGCCACACACGAAUCACCGACCAAGGUCUGAAGCACCUGAAAGACAUGCGUCUGGCUCAGGUCAACCUGGACGGCACUGGUGUUAGUCUGACGGGCAUUGCCAACCUGCUCUCCUUGAGCAACAUCGGCAGCAUCCGGGCCAGUAACACUCGCACAGUUCCUCUGGAUGAUGUCUCAGACGGGGACUGAGGAUACCUUUGCUUGGACAAAACGAAGACCGACAAACCUGAGCACAGCUGUCUGCUUCUGGCCUCUGAAACAUGCUUCCAGCAGAACCAGCUGGAAACGGCAUUAAGUAAAACACUCCUCCGACUUGCACUGCCUCGACUCCAGCUAGUGCCGCUUUUCUGACAAUCAUUUACGCCAAGCUGAAACUUUAAAGGAAUAGUUCAGAGUUUUACUGUGAAGCUCUGGUUCUAAGCAGUAGAUGACUCUCCUGCCGUCUUUUAGUUCAAGUCCAGAUUGGUCCUGGAGGCUGAAGCUCCGUAGGAGGUUUGCAACCUGUGGCUGUAGUCUCUCCAUACUUGCUAUUGAUAGUUUUAGCCAAAUGUUAUUUAGUAAUGAUUAAAGUUUUUAGGUAUAAAGACAAGAAGAGUUAGUUUUCGCAGUUCUUCUGCUGACUACUAGAUAAAUAUGUCUUUAUGGAUUGUAAAGGUUGCUAACCUCUGGGCUAGUCUGAUUGGAGCCAACACCAGAGCAGACUUCUGUCUCCUUAAAACAGCUCAUUCCUACCCGUGUCUGUUUUUUUCCAAAUGCCGUUUUUAAACACUUCUUAUUGUAGAAAUAUCUGCCAUGACAUCGUGGUGAACUUUAUUAUUUUAUAUUUUUUAAAUGAACAUAAACGACUGAGAACUCUGCAAAGUUGAGUCUAGUUUUGCAGGAAAGAUGCAGAGGAACCUUGAUGUUCUCAGAACAAGGCGUUUCCAGUCAGUCUGACAUCAAUGUGAAAUGAUGUAAAAAUGUAAAGUGCAGCCGUUAAAGUGAAUUUUAUUUUAUAUAUUAUAGAUUUUUUGUUUUUUUACACUGCCUUUUCUAUUAGCUUGGUAGUCUGACUGGGAUUUUUUUACAUGUUCCAUAUCAAUAGAUGUUUCACACAGGAAGCUAAUUGGUGACGUACCGCCUCCUUCCUUUUGUAAAUAACCGUCCCAUGCAAGCAUGAUAGUUUGAAGGUUCAGUAAAUAGUUUUGCAUAAACCUCACUACUUUGUUUGAGACUGGAGAAGUCCGUUUUGGUCUUGUCCCCUCAUGGACGAACCGUUUGGUUCUUCCUUCGGGACCAAUUAGUCUGGGUUGAAUCUAAGACACAGAGAGAGUUAUCUUCUGCUGGUAAAAUGUUGCUUACCUUUUUAACCGAACCUCAGUUCUUAAUUUCAGAAUUAUCCCUUUAAUGGAGAGCCUUCUGCUUAACUAAUCAGUUUAGGAACCUAACGAUUAUAUACAUACAUACUCUACAGCAGAAUAUUGACUUCCUAGGAUUUACAGCUUUAACUCUUUGUGCAGGAAUGUGGGUGAAGCACCAAACAGCAUGUUUUUUUUUUUUUUUUUUGUACAAUACCGUGAAUUCACCAUGGCUGCAGGAAAUGUUCGAAGGACGUGAGAUAGACAGAUUUUAGUUUAACUUUUUUAAUUCUGUCACAAUUUUCUAUUAGGUGUUGGCUUAUUAUUUUGUUGGCUUAAAUUCUAAGGAAUUUUAGGGUCAAUAAAUGUGGAAAACUACUGCAGGUAAAUUGUCAUGGUAGGUUCUGACAUACGGUGCCUUACAAAAGUAGUAAUCCAGUCUCAGACUUUAAUGUGUUUUAAUGGGAUUUGAAGUCAAACAUACUCAGUAGUGCAGAUGUGUGUUUUUAACACUUCAGUAUUAAUCCAGCUGUUCUGUAGAAGCCUCAGGGGUUUGUUAGAGAACAUUAGUGAAAGAGCAGGAUUAUGAAGAUGGAGGAAGAAGUUUAGAGCAGGCCCAUGGCAACUCUGGAGGAGCUGCAGAGAUCCAGUUUUGUUGGACAAUGGUGAGUCUUACACUCUGUGUUCCUGGAAGAAUAAAAGAAAUGCUGAAGUUUGUCACAAACCGACGUGGGGGACACAAACCUCUGGAAGGUGCUCAGGUCAGAUGAGAUCAAUACUAAACUUCUUUGUCUGCAUGUGCUUUGCUGGUGGAAAACUAAUCCUGAACACACAAAACAAGGUGGUGGCACCAUUAUGCUGUGGUGAGAGCAGUUCUACAGACCAAUCAGGGCGCUUAAUAUAAAUCCACACCACACUAUUAAUGUUCAUCUGCAUAAAAUCUUGGGUCUAUCUCAUUACCAGUAAGACAUAACGUAAGUUUGUUGGCACAUGACUGAAAACAUUCACUGGGUAUUAAUACUUUUGCAAGGCACUGUUCAAGGUGAGGGUUCAUUCCCGGACUGGUUAGCUCUGUUCCUUUUAAAAAUAUUCACAUCCUGCUAAUGCAUGACCCCAGUAGCUGUUGUACUCUAAAUGUAAUUUAUGCCAAGAAAUACCAGUUUAGUAUAAGUCAUUGGGAGUUCAGCCAUUUGAUCAUUAGAACCAAAUGAAAGUUGCUUUAAAUCUUUUCCUUGCUGCAAUAGUUUAUUUUCCCUACAAGGUUAUGACUUUAUACAGUCCCUGUAAAUCCAUACAGAAUAAUAAAGACUUCUCAAAUUA